AUGGUCACGAAGACACCUCUACCCCCCAAAGCUGUUAGGAAGGAAUUGAAGAAGGCAAAGAAGGCUUCGACCAACAAGGCCAAGCGAACCCGCAACAACAGAGAUCGCAAGAAUGAACUCAGGGCUGCAAAAAAAGCAAAGGCGAUUGCAAAUGCUCCCCAAAAGAAGGAAAAGAAGCGUCAACGGCUCUUAAAGCGAGCAAAGAGACUAGAAAUACAGGGAAACAAGCUGCUUGCUGAGGCCAAGAAAGCUACUGAGCAAUACCGGUUGAUGACAGAAGCCAAGACGCUGGCUGACGCCAAAUCUCAAGACGAUGACAACGCCGCUUCGUCUGGAGAAGAAAGUGACGCAAAAUCCACCACAUCCUCGUCUUCGUCAGAUUCUGAUGGGGGUGCGCCGAUCGAACCUACCGCUUCUGCCGUGUUCGUCAUAGAUACGAAAAAGCGCCGAAGAGAAAGUGAUGCAACUACGAGCAAGAACAAGGCUUCAUCUGGAAAUGCAGGAUCCAAGCCCAAGAAGAGCAAGACUGUCAAGGUCGAAGCAAGCCCAGACUCGGAUGAAACCAGCGAAUCAGAAUCGGAAUCAGAAUCGGAAUCGGAAUCAUCAGAAUCAGAAUCAGAAUCGGAAGUAGAAGAGACGAAGAAACAGAAGAAGAAGAAAAAUGAAAAGAAGGAGAAAGCAGCGAAAAAGAAUAAACCGGCGAAAGUGAAGAGAGUCAAAGGGGACAAGCCCGAGGUUUCUACUGACAACGCCGCUGAACAAUGGAAUGUCGGUGGCCUGGAAGGGGGAUCCGAGCGACGGAGCAAGUUCAUGAGACUUCUUGGUGGGAAAAAGGGCGGUGCUGCGUUGGGAAGCACCACCAACACCAAGACGGAUUCUGUCAAGGCCGAGGCUGACAUUCGACGCCAAUUCGAAGAGGGUAUGAAGGCAAAGUUUGACGGAGCCAGCCAAAGACGUGGACUCGGCGCGUGA